UUUUCACGUCAGAAUGAAGGGCCAUAUUGGAGCGUUUGCGCUGCUCAGCGGCAUUGUCAGCGGUGGUGCUGCCGUUGAUGCGAGAGACGUCCAGUAUGCGGACCAAGACCCUGGGACGUGGUGCGUUACCUACCUUUCGACAUACCUCGCCCCAGUAUCAAUUGCGACCGAUCUCCCGCGCCCAGCUGAAAACACUACAGAUGUCGGACUGAUAUUGACAUCUACUGCUCAAGAUCCAGAUCUCGCUUCCUCGGCCGCUUCUAGCGCAUCCACUUCAGCUACGCUUGAGCCAGCUGGACAGCGUAUCAUCCUUCUCAUCAGCCCUUCUGGCGGUAACACAAAGCGCGAUAUCGGCGGUUUUGUCGGUGAUGGAAAUCCCGACAUCUGUACCUUUGCUACUGUGUUCACUCUUGGCAACGGUCGGCUUUUCGAGGGUGGUGUUCCAGUUUCAUACCUUGGUGAUGGCUACCAGAAACUCCAAGCCUCAUCCUCAUCAAGUGAUAAUGCAAUUUCGACAACUUUCAGCAGUGAGGGAGGGCUACUGCGCUUCCAAAAUCUUUCGUUGCCCAAUGGUGGAGCUUCAUUCUGCCAGACCCCUUCUGAUGGGCAGGUUUACAUGACCUUCGCGUUCAGGCCAUCUGGCUGCGUACCGGUGUCCCUGAAAGUGUAUGGAGCCGAGCAAUGCAUUGACGGUAGACUCGAUGGCCUGGGUCCUACAACAUCAUCCACCAAGCCUGAUGAGACCAUUUCAACACUUUCUACGGAAGAGGUAUCUGCUGAGGCCUCUGCUAUCGAGUCUUCAGUCACCUCUACAUUUUCUACCGAAGAAUCAAGAGUGUCCACAGGGUCAUCAUCAUCCGAAGGUGCUAUCAGCCAAGAGACAGAAGCACCCAGUGGCUCGUUGACUAAUGAACCGACUGCAACACAAUCUCGGGGAAACACAGUCGUCACAAAUGCUAUUUCCAACGGACGUUUCGCAAUCAAGGACCCCAACUCGGAAAGUGGCAUUUUUGGCUUUGAUGCUGAAGGUGAAGCCAAGCAACGAAACGGCAACUGCUACAAGGCAGACGGAAGCUCCGAUGAUGGCUGCGUUGCAUUGGGCUCUUCUUCCGACUCAAAGAAGCGAGCUUUUGGAGGACUAGCGAGUAUCUCACAAUUCCUUACCAACCUUGCUCCAAGCAGAACUGUUCUCUAUACUGUUCAGUUCUAUUACGUCGUCAUCACUGCUGGAGGCAGCCAGGCGUGCAGCGUCAAUGCCUACCUAGGCAAUCGCCAGUUCUACACCAUGGGUCUAUUCACCAGUGGUGGUGUUGGCGUCUCUUGGAACAGAGUCCUCACUACUGUCAUGGCUGACUCUCGAAGCGCCAGCUUUGGCAUCUCCAUGUCCUGCACAGGCAAUGGUCUAGCACUGAUCUACGUUGACUCGGUUUUUGUCUCCAACCAGGUGACACCUGACAACAUCGAUCAGUUCCAGCUGGACUUUGGAGAUGGCAACAGCCCCCAAGAGACUACUAGUGGGCUCCCGUCCGCUCCAACAAGUGAACCGGCCAAUUCAGUAACAUCAAUUGAGCCAGGGACCACUAACACAAACUCCCCUUCCGCUACCACGACAGGCUUCACCAGACCCGAGAUUCCUUCUCAAGAGGUCUGUCCCGAUGGCUACAGGCCUCCCGGCUUUUGUGGACAGAGGUCUCCACAGCCUUCAGAGCCAUUCUGCAAGUACCGUUCCCAGCCCAAUGCUGAUGUUGUGGCGUAUCCACUCUCACAAUAUCCCAUGCAAGGCAUGGAUAUCCAGAAGUGCGCGUUAACUUGUGCUUACAUCGAUGGAUGUUUCGCAUUUGCUGUGAACAACAACAAGAACUACCCCUGCAAUUUCGUCCUUGAACCAUUGAGGGUCUCUGGUUGGACCAGUGGAGAUCCAGAUCGUGUCCUAGAAUGGUCUGAGUUAGCUUGCUUCAACUGUCAGCUCUGUAGUGACUCAUCAUCCCUCUCAACGUCGACCGCUGACUUUACUGACCCUCCGGCGCAAUCGGAGACAACUGUCAUCGCGGAACCAUCGACUAGAGUUCCCCAGAACACUACUCAUUGGCUACCUGACCCACAGACAAGCUCUGGAAGCUUAGAGCCUACACCAGGCACAAAGCCAACGAGCAUCCGACCACCUCGACCGGAGACUAGCGUUGACGUUGGGCCAACUUUCAUCGAAGGCACCACCACUUUCCCUGAAGCAACCCACACAUCAGCUGAAGAUCCUGUUCUGGAUACAUCAAGCGGCACGCUCGAAGACUCUACAUCCUUCAGCGAAGAUGCAACAUCGACUACUCAAGAUCCCACUUCAACCUCAGAAACUACCACUGCUUCUGAAACUCCAACGGAGACUUGCAAAUACACUCACGGCGAGAUGUGUAACUUUGAUCGUUUCAACUACCCGAAAGACGUUCUCUGUUCAUGGGGCGACAAGUUCACCAGCAGAAAAUUCUGGUUGGAGACCCGCGAGUCCUAUCCUCAUCAAGACCGAGCCGAACAAUGUAUAGCCAUCUGUCAAGGCCAUCCACUCUGCUUGACUGCUGGAUACUCACAAUUCGAAAACCGAUGCUACUUCUCUGAACUUCCCUUACUCAAGGAGAACUUCGUCACCGAAGAUAACGACUGGAAGAAGCAAGUUUGGCUGGACACGCGCUGCUACACCGACUGCGAAGCGUGUGUCCCUGAUUCUGUCCCCAAAGGUCCUCCCGAUAUGUGUGCAUACACUUUGGGCGAUGAGUGCAAGCCAGUCGCCAACCCUCCUGACGGCACUGUCUGCAAUUACGAUGCGUAUAUGGGAGGUGGAUGGGUUGAUGGAAAUGAUCCGAGCGUGAUUAGUGUUUAUACAGAGUACGCCCAGGCUAGUCCUCGGAGGUGUGCUGCUAUCUGUCGAGCUUAUCCAGGAUGUAAGGGUUCUGGAUAUAAGGAUGAUCGGUGCAAGUUCUCGGUUUAUAAGCUUGCUUUGACCGGUAUGCCCAUACCACUUGAGACGGACAAGGAUCCUUCUAUGAACUCUAUCUGGGAUGAUCCUGCGUGUUGGACAUGCCCUGGUUGCGAGUAA